UUAUUCAGGUUCACAGGCAAUCAAAGCAAUGAAAGAAGAAGGCAUCGAGUCCGUUCUCAUUAAUCCAAACAUCGCUACCGUCCAGACAAGCAAGGGUCUUGCUGACAAAGUGUACUUUUUACCUAUAACGGCUUCGUAUGUUGAGCAGGUAAUCAAAUCAGAGCGUCCAGACGGAGUACUGCUGACCUUCGGAGGACAGACCGCUCUCAACUGCGGCGUAGAGCUGGAGAGAGCGCGUUUGGCCAAGUAUGGGGUCGGGGUUUCCUUUGGGACGCCCGUGACUUCAAUCGUCCAGAGUGAAGAUAGGAAGAUGUUUGCUGAAGUCGUUGCUUCUGUGGGAGAGCGAGUAGCUCCUUCAGCUGCUGUGUAUCUUAACAUAAACAUUAUCCUUAUCACAGGCCUUAGAAGCAGCGGAAAGGAUAGGUUCCGUAUUAGCUCGGCGCAUAUGCUCUCGGUGGCCGGAUCUGGCUUGCGACACGCCUCAAACUUUGGGAAAAUUGGGGGGACUUUAGCUUUUGCACUUCUAACAGCUUAA